CACAAGGUUUUAAACAGAUAUACAAAAGCUACAAUCCCAGUGCUAGUGUAUGACUGCCAAUACCUUUGUAUGUAGUGACUCGAAAUGUUUCCCCAUCCCGUGUGGGAUUGUCAGUCUGUGCAUGGUGCUACAACAGCUAGCCUGCUAGCAGACUAGUCAUUUGCCCGCAGGAGAGCACUAGCUUAGCUCCGCUAAAGGCCAGUCAGUCUUUAUUAAAACUCCCCCUCAUCGCUCAUUAAAGUGGGGCUUGAGGUGUUAUCGAGGUCCAUGCCACUAUCUCCAGAAUUACCGGUUUCGCUAUUCAUUGGCCAAUGAGCGAAUGGGGAGUGUUUUGGCAGCCAGCUCCCCCCCACCGCCGGUCCCCGGGAGCGUCCCUGCUCCGGGGAUGACGGUGCCCCCGGGCUUCGGGAUGCCCUCUGUGACUCCGGUCCUACCCGCUGCCGAGGAGGCGGAGGCGGAGAGCCCUUUGCCCAACCCCGGAGCGUUCGAGGAGUGUCAUCGGAAGUGCAAAGAGGUGUUCCCUGCUCAGAUGGAGGGCGUCCGGCUCACCGUCAACAAGGGCCUCAGUAACUACUUCCAGGUGAAUCACACGCUGAUGCUGAGCACACUAGGAGACUCCAGCUACAGGUUCGGGGUCACCUACGUUGGAACGAAGCAGACGGGCCCUUCCGAGUCUUUCCCGGUGGUGGUGGGCGACAUGGACAACGGUGGCAGCCUCAACGCCCAGAUCAUCCACCAGGUCUCCAGCCAGAUCCGCUCCAAGUUGGCUUUUCAGACCCAGCAGCAGAAGUUUGUGAACUGGCAGGGCGACGCCGAGUGGCGCGGGGAGAACUUCACCGCCGCCGUCACCCUCGGCAACCCCGACGUCCUGGUCGGCUCCGGUAUCGUUGUGUCCCACUACCUGCAGUCCAUCACCCCCUCCCUGGCCCUGGGCGGCGAGCUGGUCUACCACCGCCGGCCCGGAGAGGAGGGCACCGUCAUGUCCCUGGCGGGACGCUACACAGGCAACAACUACAUCGCCACGCUGACCGUAGGGGGCGCUGGAGCCCACGCCUCGUACUACCACAAAGCCAACGACACGCUGCAGGUGGGGGUCGAGUUUGAGGCGAGCACCCGCAUGCAGGAGACCAGCGUGUCGUUCGGCUACACGCUGGACGUGCCCAAGGCCAACCUGCUCUUCAAAGGCUCGGUGGACAGUAACUGGGUGGUGGGCGCCACGCUGGAGAAGAAGCUGCUGCCCCUCCCCCUCACGCUGGCCCUGUGCUCCUUCCUCAACCACCGCAAGAACAAGUUCCAGUGCGGCUUCGGCGUCACCAUCGGCUAAACCCGACCGGGGAACCGGCCGGCACCGGCGGCUCUGGGAGGGGAGGGGGGAAGGGGGGGGAG